AUGAACAAGACGCAGUUCUACUUGUCCCAGUGUGCUGAGGCUGCAUCGAAGAGUCCGAUGUGUUUUACCUUGGGUGCUGUGAUUGUGAAGGGUGGAAAGGUCAUCUCUUCGGGACACAAUCAUCACCGACCGCACUACGAUGGCUCGGAGGUGCGGACGCAAGGGCAUCGCAAGCCGGUGUCGAUGCACGCGGAGAUGCACGCGAUCUUUAGUCUCACGGGCAUGUCUCCUUCCUUCAAGAAGCAAGUUCAAGGCGUCGAACGGCGGGUUCCACAGGACGCACAGGGAACACCACCCGAACCUCGAGCAAAAGGGGCAUCGCUCCCAAAAGGGAGCGCGGGCCUUGAGAGGCGUCUUUCAGGGUCCUUCGGAGACGCAGCCUCACAUGCAGAAUCGCCGCGCGGACAAGGGCAAACACCGGCAUCCGUCUCGUCGCUCGUCGUCGCAGCGUAG